AUGGUCCGCAUCACCCAGCCAAGAGUCGACCCCCUGCCCACAGACAUCGACCUGACGGGGAAAACCGUCGUGAUCACCGGCGCCAGCUCCGGCAUAGGCCUAGAAGCGGCCCGGCAGCUGCUCCAACUCCGCGCCUCGACCGUGGUCCUCGCCGUGCGCAACGUCGCCAAGGGGGAAGCCUGCGCCGCGGCCCUCCGUCAGGACCCGCGUGUCGGAUCCCACAACCCCACGGCCGAGAUCCAGGUCAUGCAGCUCGACAUGGACCGGUACGACAGCGUGCAGCGCUUCGCGCAGCAGGUCCGCGAGGAGAUCCCCGUCGUCGACCUCCUCCUCCUCCUCAACGCCGGGAUCGGCCUGCUGAAGCUCGAGCGCAGCCCCAGCGGCCACGACCGCACCACCCAGGUCAACUACCACUCGAACGUGCUGCUGAUCGCCGAGCUCCUCGCGCACCUCGAGGCCGGGGCCGAGAAGACCGGCUCGCCCGCGCGCAUCAGCUGGGUCGGCAGCCGCAUGCACGCGAGGUCGAGCCUCGAGGGGAAAUCGCCCAUCGCGCCCGGCGAGCGCGUGAUCGAGCACAUGGACAGCGACGCGGCCUAUGUGCGCUUCUACCGCUACGCGGACUCGAAGCUGCUGUGCGCGCUGUUCAUGUAUAGCCUGGCGCCGCGGGUCGAUCCGAAGAAGGUCGUCCUCAACAUGAUGUGUCCGGGCAUGGUGAAUACGCCCAUGAGCGAUUGGCUGCCGGUGUAUCUGCGCCUGCCGGUGAACGUGGUCAAGGCCGUCUACGCCCGACCUGUGGAGGUGGGGGGCUGGCUUAUCCUGCAUAGUGCGCUGGUGGCAGGUCCGGAGUCUCAUGGAAAGUUCUUGAUGGACAAGGCCAUUGUCGACAAAGCAGCCUUUGUCAAAUCAGCGGCGGGACAGGAGAUUCAGAGAAAGCUCUGGGAGGAGACGGUGGCCGAGAUGAGCCAGUUGACGACGCUUCCGGUCGAGUUCAAAUAG